AUGCGGACUUUUGUCCGGUUUUUUCUACUCUUCGUGCUGUUAUCAGUAGGAUAUGGCCAAAAGUUGACGAGCGAGGAAAAUGAGUUGAGACAAGAAACGUGCGGGAAGGACAUGAAAUGUAAGCUGCAAUUGCGAUGACAACGGAAGCAAAUUCUGAAUACUCAGUGAGGUCGGCGUACGGUCGGAAGGUGCUGAAAGGGGUGAAAUCGAGGAUAAGGGACGCUCCGUGGAACGUGGCUCUGGAGGUGCGCAACGGGAAACCGGGGCUCUGCACGGGCACAAUCAUCUCGCUGCGCCACGUCAUCACCGCCCGUCACUGCUUCGCCGAAUUCAAAAACGGACAAUAUCAGUGGACGACGGACGGAAAACCGUUGCCGGAAUGCGAGAAUGAGUGGGCCGGGGAGAAGAAGCGAGAGAGAAAGAAGAAGAAAAGGAAGUUACAGGGACUCGGAGGACCUCGUGCUGGAGCGGAACUUCGACGAGAUGUUCGUGGUGUACCCGGGAGUCGAGUGCGGAUACCGGAAUCACUGUAACGAAAGCGAAUUCAGAGAGAUCCGAAUUAGAAAGGCACAACUCCGUGGGACCACUUUUCAAUAUUCGAAUAUUCCAGAUCUUUCUGCCGGGAAACUGCGACGAUCCACACAAUUAUAAUCGUGUUGAUGAUUUCGCAAUCGUCGAACUCUCGGAAAACUUGAAUUUCAACGACAAAAUCCGUGCGAUUUGUGUCGCUCACGAGGAUGAACGUCUUCCGAAAGAAGGCGUCAAAAUGAGAAUAUAUGGAUACGGACUGGAUCGUGAGCGUCUUCUGAAUUCAAUGCGAAUCUACAAAGAGGAUACAUUUCAGCGGCGGCGGGCCGAAAUUCGGCGGGUCCGUUGAGAUUCGAAUCGGUGAACGCGAAAGAGUGCUCUGCGACGGAUCGGAAGGCGUUCUGCACGCGGUCCGUGUCCGGGAAGCAGUUGGCGUGUCUUGUGAGAAUGUCGGACUCGUUUUCCAAUUACUUACAGUAAUCUGGUUGAAGGGUGACAGCGGAGGCGGAAUGAUCCGGAAGAUCGACGAGCGAAUCACCCUGUUCGGAGUGCUUUAUCAGGGAGACGCGUGCCGUCCGAACACCGAGAACGGACAGGAUGAGACGGUGAACGUGGCGUUCUAUUCGGACAAAAUAUGCGGGUACACGGGUGUCUGUGCAAAAGUGAGAUACUUGACGGCGAAGGUUUCAAAGGAGAACAGUACGUUAAAGAGAGAACAGAAGGAAGAGAAGAAAGGAUCGACCGUCGGAACUUCCAUUCUCACUCUUGUCCUCUCACUUUUUUUGAUUCAAUAA